CUUUUAAAAAAACGAAUUCCACUUUUAAAUUUCGGGAGACAAAACAAGCAACGCACCGCUCGCAACACAUCUCCACAAUCCUCGUUGAUUGAUCAAAGGUAAGAAACGUAGUUUGAAAUAAGAGUAAACCAACAGAAUACAUUUUCAGGUGUAUAUUACAGAUGCACACGAAAUGUGUGUCCUACCCAGGGAAAAUCUCUGUGGUGUUCAGCAAGGGGCCACUUGGAUACCUUCUCCAUGACCCGUCGAAAGGAGCUAGACAGAUUAAAAAUGACCCCGAGCUGCAGUCGAGGAACACGGAUGCAUAAGCUGCAGCAGUACCUGCGGAAGAAGCAGCAGUCUGCGUCUGCUUCCACAAACGCCCCAACUAAACAACCCCUUGGGAUGGAUGAGGAUAAAGACCUGGAGGACGCAAUGCUGAGCAUCUCACCUGCAAAACUACACAUGCAGAGCUUCACUGUGCCAGCAGCAGCAGAAGGGUCCACACCCAGAGGAUCUUCAGGAGCAAACAGGUUUUCAAAUGAAAGGUUUCAGAACUGGAGUACAAUUGUUUUACAUGACAAAUUGCUCUCCAAAGCUGAGCCUGAACUUUAACUUUUAUGUAUUGUCUUGUUCUUGUUUUUGUGUGUUCUGGCCACGCUCUGGCGAUGUUCCUCUAAUAGUAUAGUUGUAUGCUGGCAUUAUGCUAACUGUCAUAAGGACUAUGAAUUGAUACCUACCAUCAUGAAUUGAUACCAAACACAAAGGAUGAAUCCAUCUGCGGCGCUGUGCAUACCACCGUCCAGUACAACUGCUGAACCUCAGGCAUCUGCAGCCGAUGGUGCAGCCUCAGGUGUGAAGAUGAAGUCACCUGUGCCCCUCCCACAGGAGCUGGCAUUUCUACUAAAGGAGACCACAGGACCCAGUUCAGAUGCUGCUUGCACAUCUGUGCGCAAAGUGCUUACUUUUGAAGACAGCAGUGAAGAUGCUCCUUCAGCUCAGCCAGCCAUUCCAGUUCCAGUGCCUGGUUAUGAGCAUGACCUCAGCAGCUGGAAUUGUUCUCCACAUCAGAGGUUGUGGAUGAAGAUUGAGCUUCAGGAUCUUGGACUGUGGCCUUGGUCUCGACCAGUGCGUCACCCAGGGAACGCGAUUUCACUCUGGGGUCUCCCUCCACAACCUGAGCUCAUAGAUACAGUGGCUGACCUACCAUCGCCAAAUUUCUUCCAGCUCCACUCCUUCUUUAUUUGGAAACCUGAGAGUGCUAUCAUGAUCAGGGCUUGUAGCAGGAACUGGUUUGCUGACAAUCCACGAUGGCUGGAGAAACUGCCCGAAAGGUUUACCAACCUUCUCCCUGCUUUUCUGAUGUGCAAAAAGGCCAUCUGCCUAUGAAUGAGCUCAGGUGGACUGGUAAAUCUCCAGCAGACAUGGCAAACCAAAUAAAUGAACUCAUGCACCUCAAGUACGAGCGAGCUCACCUGGCAUACCUCCAUGCCAUAGAAUCAGUCUGGGAUUCUGAGGUAGGAGCACAUGGAGAGAGGACCAUUGGGCAGUUCCUGAGGAAGGAAAAUAAACCACAGGAGUUCGGGUCUUAUGAAGACCCACAUGCCUGGUGUGGCGUCUCUGUGUCCAGCCAUUACCUGACUGACUACCUGCUUGACGAAUUCCGACGUCAACAUCCAGCCAUAUCCAAACUCCUCCAAGGCACUUUUGGGCACAUCUUCAGGUCUGACCACACCAGGAACCUGGCACGAAAAGUCACACUGGCAUCUGGGGUCAUGUCCAGUUAUUCCAUAAUGAAUGAAAACUGGCUGAUUGUUUCAUGGGUCAUGGUUCAGUCUGAGACGGAAAGGUCCUUGGAGCCCAUGUACCAGGGAAUGGCCAAGAGAUACAGUGCUGUGCUCCAUUUGAGAUCCCAGACUGCAUCCCUGGUGAAAAUCUAUCGUGGGAUGCCUGGAAAACUACUCCUGCUAUUGUUGCUACGGCCACAUCUGGACCAGUGGCAAACAGCUGUGCCUCUCGAACCCACUACAAUAACAACAUUAUUGUGAAACUGGACCUGUUCCACUGCCUGAGGCGAUUUUCACGGGAGUGCACCUCUGAGCAUCAUCCUCUGGUCAGCACUUUCUGCCAGCUUCUCUCUGCUGCCUUCUCAGUGGUUGAUCAGGCGGACCUGAAGAGGCUCCAGGAUGCUUCUGUGGUAUCCAUCCUGCUAAUUCCACUAAGCAACACAUACGAGAGCACUGCAUGAUCAAAAUACCACAGCCCACAGAGCUGCUGAACAGAGUGGAAAAAGUCCUGAACCAUUUUCACCUGGCCACAGACCCCACUCUUCAAGCCAUCCAUGCUGAAGGCGUGGCGCAUACAGAGAGUGCACAUUCUGCAUGGCUGCCUCAGUGACCCUGAACUCUCAGAGGGUGUAAUGAUUAGGUAUGGUGGGACUCUUCAGACCCUUCAGAGUGACCUGUCAGGAAAAGUACCCGGCACUUCACCUCUCUGACAGAGACACUGGAGAGCGAUUUGGACUUGAAUACAUUGAGCCAGGCUGCCGUCCAGUCCCUCUGAACUGGGACAAACACAAAACCCUGAAGAAAGAUGAACCGGCUGCCCUUCAGCCCCCGUCCUCUGUUCCAAAACCUGUGUCUGCACAACUUCAGGUUCCAGCAGCGGGACCCUCCUCCAGUUUGGCACCGCUAGGCGUGGCAUCCCCUGCACCAGCACCACCUGUCACCCACCCUUUCUCUAUUGGUGCACUUUUAAAGUAGGAGAUACCAUCAGAAGACACCCAGCAACCUACAACAGUCAUGGAAAUCUUUGAAGCUCUACCUCUGCCGAUGCGGUCCUCACCAAGGAGUGCUCGCACUGGACCUAUAAAGACAGGUGGACGGGUUUUUGUGCUGGACCACAGGCAACAGGCAAUAGAUGACUUGCUGCAAAAGCACCAUGGGAAGAAGGACAUUCUGAAGCUUGUGGAUCAAAAUUAUGCAAACAUGGUCCAUCGUUCUGCUACAGAUCCCAACAGCUUUCUGCACCCCACAUCCAAGGUGCACAUAUCCCGUUAUGUAAAGCACUUGGCUAAGCUUCUCAACACCAGUUCUUCUUUGAACACAACCCAUCAUAGCAGAAGGAAUCCCAGCAGUGACAGGAGUUUGCAUAACCCCCACCCCAGAGUCAACAGGCUGAUAGUGAUGAAGAUGAAGAUGGAGGCUGGGACAGGCUUCUGAGUGA